AUGGCUGAAAAGCGCAAAUUUCCGGCCCGUGACCGCCGAGAAUCUGCAGCCAAAAGGCGUGUCUCCGAAAUCACGCCGCAGCCUCACAAGAAGAAGGCGCCCACUCCUCACGCUCCAUCCCCCGAACUAGUUGACGCUCCUCUACCAACAAAGGUCAAGGAUGGAGAUCCAUUGCCCAUAUUUCGCAUGCGGCAGCCAGUUUCCUUGUCGGACAAUGAGUACCAGUCAAUCGCCGAAAGCGCAGUUCUCCUCGCUUCACUUGAACGAUCGAAGAAAAAAUGGUUGAGUGAUGGCAUUCUUGUGCGAUACUACACAAAGCCAAAGAAGACGAAGCGCGAACAGAUCGAGAAAAACAACCCAUCAAAGGACACUAUGACAAAAAUUGGACCCUGCGAUGUCACCAUCGGUCCCCAUUUCUUUGAUGCUAUGAUCUACAUUGUCAAAGACCCCAGCGCGCCGCCGGCACUCCAAUACGCACCCCCGCAACGGCCGAUGGUUCACUAUGGUCACCCUAAUAACUUCCAACAAUACCGACCUUAUCCAUCACCAUCCAAUCAACAACGACCUGCGCAAUAUUCUCCCGCAGUGCCGAGUCGCCCUGGUUAUACAGGGGGCCACCCCUCGCCCCAACAAGCUCGUAGCUUGAAUCAAGGCAAUGCGCCCUCUCCCCAAGGAGGACAAAAGCCGCCACAAGGGCAAAAGGGCCAGCCAGCCAAGCCCAGUCCAGAUCCUGUGAUUCAAAUGCUGGCUACACGGGCAGCUGCAGACCCCGAAUUGAAGGCUUUGAUGCGUGUUGUUGCCUCUAGCCAAGCAUCGCAGGAGCAGCUCCGGGCUUUCCAAGCACACAUCGACGAACUCAACGCAAUCAUCAAAUCAAGAGAGCAGCAAGAACAACGGCAGCAAUCUUCAACAGGACAACCAAUUGCACAACCGUCAACACCUACAACGCAGGCUCAGAUUCGAAAACAACAAGGUGGUGUAACGAAGCCAGUGUCGUUGGAGAAAUCCCCACAAACGUUGCAGACCCCAUCCAAGGGUUCCAAGCAACCUCCCGUGAAGACAGAGGUGCAGCCCCAAGCCCCUGCACAAGUCCCACCGAGCCAGGUUCCCAAACCUCCCCAGAGUGCCACUGAGUCUGGCAACAUCAAGGAAGAGAAAUCAGCCACAGAGCACAACAGCUCCCAGCCUGCACCGUCCGAAGCAGAGCGCCUAGUUGUACCGAACCAAUCAGUGACACCUGGUGCUGCAAGCUCUUCAGUCCCUGCCUCUACUUCCCACCAGCAGAUUCCUGUGGUAAAUCCGACACCAUCAGCCAGCGCUCAACAGCCCGGAGCACGACCAGGAUUACCAUAUGCCCCCCACCAACAACCUGCUUAUGGGUCACAACCUACAAUUCAAUCUCGCCCACCCCAACAUGGAUCUGCUGUUCCGUUCCCCCGCCCACCUACAAUUCCUUAUAUCUCUCCACUUGGCUCUCCACCGGUGAACUACAAGUCUGUGGUGUUCGAGUUCACAUCUCCAUUAACUCCAUAUGGAAGCAGUACGUCAGGUCAUGCCGGUUCCGGUGAUCGCUAUCUUUUCCCUGAGUAUACUAUCCUGGAAUGGCUCCCAGCCGAGAACACGGUCAUCGCCUCUUUUUUGGUAGUCCGGAAGGUUGCUCCAAACACACCAUUCCCUCUUGAGACUGCCGCAGAGGCUGCCAACUCCAAAAACAAAGGAAAAGUGGCUUCAAAAGCUAAGAAGGGUGAAAUUAAACCCAAAACCGAGAAGGGAAAACCAACCGACAGCCCAGCCCCAACCCCCCAGCCAGGGACACCUGCAACUGCGACACCACAAAAGCAGGAACCUGCUGAACCUGCUGGUCUUUCAACGACCGGUCACCCAGGGACACCUGCCAGUGAGGUGAAUCUCAAGGAAUACUGGCAACCAGUCACGUUUCGCAUUCACGCUCCGAACGCCAAAAUUCUCGAGCCUUUGGCCCGCGUCGUAAAGCCAGCCGACGAGGUGCGCAGAUAUAUGAAUGACAUCAUGGACCGCGCCGAACGUGCCCCAGAUGGCUACCUGGCCAUGCGUUUGCCUCGUGAGGCGGCUUUGGAAUCAUUCGAAAAGGACGGGACACCUGCUUCUUCAAGCAAUGUUGGUUCCGGAACCCGCAGUCGUCUUUCCCGCGUUCAGCUCGCUGGCGAGGAAUCCGAGGUGGAAAACUCUGCUUUUGAAUUCGAGGAGGACGAAGAAAAUCUCAAAGAUUUCUAUGAUGCGCCCAGUGGGCUUCCACCGUUGAAAGCAUGA